AAAGCUAGAGUCCGUCCAUACAAGUAUUUUGUGUGUGUACCACCGAAUUUGUCUGUUUAUGUUAUCGCCCUUCUUUUCUCAUUCCCACGAGCCACGAUCACAAUUAUGUUUUGCAAUGCCAUUGAUAUUGAUUGACAAACUAAACAAUUAUAAGACUCGUGGAUUUGUAUGGUCAAAUAUAUUCCGAUCAAAUUAUUCGCAUAAGUGUGAGAUAAAAUACGUACUUUAUCUCCUUUACUUCCUCCUACGUCGCAUCUACGCAUUCGUGCCCUACCUUCAUAAAUCAUAAGACUCUUCCAACUGUUUAAAUUCUUAAUUGAGUCGAUGAGCCACGACCGGAGAUUUAAAUAAUCACAAAUCACUAAUCAUUAUUUUAAUUAAGCCUUCAUUUCCAAUGAUUAUCCUAUUUUUUACUUCAAAAUAGAAAAACUCUAUAAUAGAUGAGUUUUGCUCCAAUAUUUUUCUUUUUAAUAAAGAUCUUCAAAUAUAGAGUAAAAUAUAGAAAAAUGCAAUUUCUUCUCCUAUAAAUAGAGGAAAAAAUAGCAAUUUCUAUAUUAAAACAAAAAUAUAGAUGAACUGAAGUAAUUUUGCCUUUAAAUGCUAUUAUAAAAGCAAAUAGAGUUGAGUUGGAGAUGCUCCAAAACACAUUUUACUCUCAAAAUUAUCAAUUGACUUAUGUUUUAUAGUAUAAAAAUUUGUUUAAUACAAAAUAGCCAAACGAUAUAAAAAUGAAAUCAUGUAGUUUAGUCCUUUCAUUUUGUUCGCUUUAUACUCAAAAUUGGCUUUUGCUAAAUAUACAUGGUGAUUACUAACCUCUUUGUCGGUAUAAAUGUUUAGAUCAUGAAAACAUGUUAUCCAAAGUAAUGAUAUACAGUUUUCUUGCCUAACUCCACUAACACAGCUAACAAUAUUAUAUUUACCAACUACUACUUGAAUUUUAAUUUGAUUUAGAAGAGAUUGAUUCAUUGAAAUCUUGUUUAUACUAAUCAGUUAACAAAUCCUAACUUAUUUAUUAUUGUUGAUAUCGAAACAAAUCCCACAAGUUAAUAUUCUAGCCUAAUUUCAUUUUCACAUCUUAAGGCAAUAAAAAUUUACAAAAGCAAAUUAUAGAAAAAAAAUCUUAAGGCAACAAAAAUAAAGAACAACAUAAGAAGCUAUAAUAGUUUAUUUUGGGAAGAAAAUCAAGCCAUAAUAGUUUUUAUAAAGAAAACCCAAGCUAUAAUAGUUUCAUACCUACUAAGUUAGGAAUUUGUAAUUUCUUUAUACAUAUAAAAUUAGCUAGCUGGUCAAUAAACAAUUAGCACUUUUCGAAAGGUCCAUUUCUAAGGAAGUUGGAGACCGUCCUUUUAAACUAAUUCCCCUGCACCAUCCCCUUAUAUAUAUCGGGUGUCUAAUUCUACAUCUUAUUCCUUUUUAUAUUCUCUAACCAAUUACAAACAAAAUGUGAUAAGUAUUAUUUAAUUUUAUUAUCGAAACUCGUAUCUUCCUUCCUCUCCAUCCUUUUUCAUCUACCUUUGAAUCUAUUCAUACUUGUAUAUAAAGCUUUACUUCCUCCUCUGCUACACCUUUUCUAUCAAUAACCAAAACACAUUCAUUGUUUUAAACCCUAAACCCUACACUCCAAACAUCUGAGCUACCACCAAAAACAAAAAUGAGACCCUUUGGUUUGAUCGUUACGGUCAUGUUCUUGGUCUCAGCCUUUUCGGAAUCAAGAACCGCCGAUUGCAGAGUUCUCCUUGGUGGUUCAUGGGAGGAUCAAUCUAAGAAUCACGGAGUUGAUUUGCGAAGUAAAGAAUUGUUAAGGGUCGUGAUACGUGGUUAUAAAAGGCUACAAUCGCUCUCUUCAGCUGGAGAGAGGAUGCACACAAUGGCUUCAGGACCGAGCAGGAGAGGUGCUGGUCACUAAAAGACUGUUAAUCCAUGCACUUACAUUAUUUCUAUAAAUCAAUAUUGCUUAGCUCAGGUUAUAGUAAAUAGUUUUCAGUUGUUAUAGGUUAUUAUAUUUAUUCAGUCGUCAAAGAUCAACGUAAAGUUUAGAGGGGAAAUAUUCUUUGAUCAUACAAUAGUUGGUUCCUUCUAAUAAAAAUCACGUGCCAAUAAUUGAUAAUUUUGUUUUUGAUUGAAUUUAUAGUUUGAGAUCCAAGUUAACCGUGUAAAUUCGAGAUGAAUCAGUUUUUUUUUUCCAUUAUGGUGCAUUACAAAUGAAACAACCACAACACUCAUCAAAAGCGUUAACAGCAAAACUACUCUCAUAAAGAAUACAAUGUUAUUUCAUGCUAUACUACUACAUAGUAGUUAGAAAUUGGAUUAAUAUCGGUUGCAACUUCCAUGAUUGAUGAGAUGCAAACACAUAUUUUGUGUUCAAAGCGUUGGCCUUUGGGGUAUUAAAAGGGACAUUUUGUUUUGUUGUCCUUCUAUGGGAGCCGGAAAUAUAGAAGCUAUAAGCUUCACAUACACUGUUCGGAAUAAGGCCCAAUUAGGACGAUUAUUACAAAGCUAGUCGAAUUUAUCUACAAUGACAGUUUUUUUUUUAAAAAAAAAUAUUUAUUAUUACUAAAUUGCUUUGGAAAAUUGACAAAAAGUUUGAAUAAAUAAUUCUCUUUAACCAAAAAUAUAUAGAUAUUAAGUUUUGUUAAUUUGGAACGGUAAGGAGAAAAUUAAUAAAAAGCCUAUUUAAAGGCCUGUUUAAAUUUUCUUUUUUUACACACCAACGAGCAUUUUCUACUAUAUGAUUCAUAUCUUUUUUGCUGAUUUUUGUUGUAAACUUACAAGCAAAAGACAGAGAAGGCGACGAUGAGUACGAUGAAACCAAGUCGGAGCGACGAAGUAUCCGACCCAGAUCAGCAGAUCAAGAACUCUAACGAGAUCAGAGCUUGUUUCGAUUCCUUGGCACCUAAGCGACCCACUAAACCCACCCGGAACGAGCCAGCACCUCUAGGAUCUUUCUCUACUUCCGACCAAACCACAGACCACCCAGAGGCUGACAAGUUCCAAAAUUUCCAGUCACAAACUCAUAGUAAUAUUUUGCACGAAUGAGGUUCAGCUGCUGUUCAAGAGGAGUUCUUAGAGACAGGGGAUUACACGAACCUCCCCGCCAUUGAUAAGCAACAUCACACGGUUCUCUUUUUAUCUCCCUCUCCCUCUCUCUCUCUGUAAUUCAUAAUCUCAGCUGAAGAUAUUUAAUUUUAUAGUAAAAUGUGGCUUUGUUUCUCUGGAACUAGACCGGAAGUGGGUUUAUCAAAGUGGUGAAGGAAGACGGUGGCGAAGAUACCUUUACAGCCGCCGCUGCACUCGACGACGGAGGAGAAAAGGCGGUCUGCAGAAGCAACCCGGCUAUGAACGACUGGAUUGUUGGGUUCCUUCUAGAUGGAGGAAACCCAAAUGGGUUUGGUUGGUGAUAACCAAACUUGGUGAUAGGCUAUUGAUAUUAGUCCAUGAGAUUAGUAUUGGGCCUUGGAGGUUAUUAAGGUUAGUGAGACACAUAUAUAAAGUCUCUUAACCCAGUUUGUGAGGGGACAGAACACAAGAAAGAAAGAAGAGUACUCAAGAAGACUCUUGACACAAAAGAGAGAAAAGGAGAGAAGAGACAGAUUUUCGUCUGGGUUUGUCAAGGCAGGUUUGGAGGGUCAAACGGAUCCGGAUCGGACUGAUAUUUUGUGGGAAGUUUCGUCAGUCAGUGGGUUAAAGGUUCACCGAAGGGAUUUGGAUUCUAACGGUUGGAUCUUCUGUUGUCUGGAUUUUCGUGAAGCUGGUCGUCACAGUUCUUCAGUGGUGCUGUCUUGAGUGUUUGGUAAAUCCGACGGUGAGAUCUUCUCUGAUUGAGCUGAUAUUUGGCAGAGGUGUUACUGACUUGUUCAUCUUGGAUUUGUACGGUGGGAUUAGUCUCUGGUUGCCGGAAUACUUGUGAGCUGAGAUCGUUUGGUUGCUGCCGGUUUUGAAGCUUUGUGUUGCUCUCUUAUUGUUGUUGUUCUUGUGUUGGAGAUAGCUCUUUGAAGCUAGUGUCUCUGUUCUGUUCAGGCUGUUGAACAGGGAGGACGUGGUUGUACUCACAUACAUUUAUAUAGGGGAUUGUUGAGUGGACUACGGUCCCGUAGUUUUUCCUUCUCACAUCGAGGAGGUUUUCCACGUUAAAA